AUGGAAAUUGAAAUGAAUGAGAAUAGUGAUCAUCACGAUCCUAUUGGUAAAACGAUUGGUACUAAUGAAUCGACCAACUUUGCAAAUCGAAUCGAUUAUACCUUUAAAUCAAUCAACCACUACGUAAAUGUGGUCGAGAAACGUGAAGGUAAAAAUGUAAAGACCACCAAACAGAUCUUACAUGAUAUCAAUGGAACAGUGAAGGCAGGUGAGAUGCUUGCAAUUAUGGGUCCUUCAGGAGCUGGUAAGACAACACUUUUGGAUAUCUUGGCUCAUAGAUUGGUAAUCAACGGAACCGGAAAAUUAAUGAUGAAUUCCACUGCCACUCCUUACAAGGUAUUCAAAAAGUUGAGUGGUUAUGUCACACAAUCUGAUACUCUCACAGCCGCCAUGACCGUUAGAGAAACACUAAGUUUCUAUGCUCAACUUAAAAUGUCAAGAGAUAUCUCAUAUGAAGAUAAAAUGAAAAAGGUUGAAAGUGUUAUUAGUGAAAUGGGUUUGAAAAGAUGUGCCAACACUCUGGUCGGAAAUGAUAAAAUCCGUGGAAUUUCAGGUGGUGAAAGAAGAAGAGUAACCAUCGCUAUUGAGUUGCUUACUGGUCCAAGUGUUUUGUUCCUCGAUGAACCGACGUCGGGUUUGGAUGCCUCUACUUCCUACAGUGUCAUCAAAGCCAUUAGAAAGCUUGCCAAUUCCGGUAGAACUGUUAUCUGUACUAUCCAUCAACCUAGAUUGAAUAUCUACGAGCUUUUCGACAAACUAUUGUUGUUGGGAGAAGGUGCCACCAUCUACAAUGGCGAUGCUAGAACCGCUGUUAAUUACUUUAACGAACUCGGUUAUGAAUGUAAUGCAAAAACCAAUCCUGCAGACUUUUUCAUGGAUUUAAUCAAUACACAAAUUGAGGAUGACGACGAAGAUGAUACUAUUUCCAAUAUGGAAAGUAAUAGUCAGAGAGCAAAGAAAUUAACACCGGAGGAGAUUAUCAGACUUAAGAAAGUUUAUUCAGAGAGUGCUGAUUGUCAACACUUGAAACAGUCAAUCGAAGAAUUGGAGAGACAUCCUCAGAAGGAGAUCACCUACACCAAAACCAAGAAAGCAACUAUGUUUGAACAAUACAAGUUAUUAAUGGUUAGAGAGUUGUUAAACCUCAAACGUAAUCCAAUGUCUCAGAGAAUUCAGAUCAUGUCGUCUAUCUUCCAAGGUUUACUCUGUGGAUUGGUGUAUUAUCAAUUGGGAAACGGUCAAACAUCGAUCCAAUCUAGAACUGGUGUUUUAGCAUUCGUUAUUAUGGGUAUAGGUUUUCCAUCUGUUAUGCUAACUGUUCAAGUUUUUCCAGAAAUUAUUUCAAUUUUCUUAAAAGAUAGAGCAUCUGGUGUUUAUUCAACUUUACCUUUCUUUUUAGUCGAAAUCAACACUCGAUUGUCUGGUUGUGGAUUCUUUAUUAAUUUAAACGAUGUACCAAGAGGAUGGAUCUUUAUGCCUUACCUAUCGUUCUUCAAGUAUGUCAUUGAAGCAGCGGUUGUCAAUGCUUUCACAGGAAUCGAAUUCAGCUGCCAUGAUAAUGAGAGAAUUGGAGGUCGUUGCCCAACUCAAACCGGAUUCCGUUGUUUAGCAUAUGGAGUUCUUUCAUUUAAGAGUCGUCCAAUUAAAUUUAAAACAAAAAAAGCACAAAUCAAUAAUUAA